CACCGCGACAACGGCGAAUGAUGGCGGGGGACGCUUCGACGGAGCUUCUUUUCCUCGAAACGUUCAAACACCAGAGUGCAGAGUUGACCAACGUUGAUGUUGUGCGGUUCCCAUGCGGCGUACUUAUCACAGAGGUGCGGGUCAUCCCCCCCGGAAUCAAAGCACACAGCAGCCUACCUGACAGCAGAGCAUUUGGGGAGACCUCUCCUCAUGCCUUCCAACUAGAGUUGUUCUUCAACAAUGUCGCCAAACCCAACAGCCCCACCUUCCACAGGCUUGGCAGUCUGGAAUAUGAUGAAAACAAGUCCAUCAUCUUCAGGCCCAGUGGAAAGGUGAACACAGAUGGCUUGGUGCUGCGUGGCUGGUACACUAGUCUGACUCUGGCAGUGUAUGGAACUGCAGAACAGUCACAUGACCAAGCCUCACCCCCUCCUCCACCACCCCCACCCCCACAACAGCAGAGUGGACCCAAGAGGAUCAUUAAACAAGAGUGGGACAAAGAUGACCAGUACAAUGGCAGUCCGCCCAGACCAGCACCAAGAGGCCCCCGCACUCCGCCUGGUCCCCCACCCCCAGAUGAUGAUGAUGAGGAGCAGGUCCCAGUGACAGUGGGCGUGGUCAAAACUGAGCUGUGUGAAGGUCGUGAGGAUUACCUCGAGGCCGUGUCACCUGAGAGAUCACUGCCUGCCGAUGAACCAUACUCGGAUGCCGAGCAGGAGGAGGAAGGCGAGGAAGAGGAGGAAGAGGAGCAGGAGGAGGAAGAAGAUGUGCGGACUGAAGGAAGCGUACCGGAGGAGGAGGAAGAGGAGGAAGAAGAGGAAGAUGAGGGUGAGGACGAGGAAGAGGAGAUGGAGGAAGGCGAUGAUGGCUAUGAACAAAUUUCCAGUGAUGAAGAUGACUUGGAUAAUGGCAGCUUCAAGCUGCCCAGCUUUGACAUGGACUACACUCCUGAGGACCUGGCGUCUGUCCCACCAGUUCAGUAUGACCCCUAUGAAAGAGAACUUAGACCGCUGCUCUACUUUACCCCUCCCUACAAGACACGCUUUGAUAUCCAGCUUGAGAAGGCAAGCAUAGAAGAGCCCAGGGACUCUGGUGGCACAGAGGGUCUUGGAGGUGGGGAAGUGUCUGAGGCUGACACCAUUUCCCAGCUAAGAGAGCUCCUGGCAGGUAUCGGAGAGGACAGAGAUGCCCACUGGGUCACCGCUCUUGAACAGGCACCAGGACUUUUAGCAAAGGGGCUGGGCUAUUUAAUCGGACAGGGAGAGGGAGAGUGGGAGGAUCCUUUAGGUGCUUUAGUCCAAUGGGCUCUCCAAGCUCUUAGUAUGGAGAUUGCACUUACACAACCAAUUGCUCUUAAUCUCAGACAGCUGAAAGCUGGUGCCAAGCUCGCAUCUCACCUGGCAGAAUGCCCACAGGGUCUCACAGCGCUGCUGCAUGCAGGGGCCCUGGGCGUGCUCCUGGAGCUGCUCCAUGGGGAUCAUGUCUCCUCCACACUGAAGCUGUGUAUCCUUAGAGCUCUGGAUGCCCUCAUCAGUGCUCCCGCUGGAGUGGAGGCCUUCCUACAUACAAGGGAAGGGGAGAGGAGUUGCUAUCAGCGUCUAGUUCAGCUGUUCCUGCGUGAGGAAACUGUGAGGGUCGUAACUGCUGGCAACGCCAUACUACAGAAAAGCCAUGCCUAUGAAGUACUGACUGACCUGCAGCGCACAGCUGCAGCAUGGAGUGAGCCCCAACAGGAGGAGAUGGAGGAUACUGAGAGCCCUAUGGAGGAGGAACCAUCGCUGAGCUCUUCCCCUGUGAGUGAGGCAGAGCUGGAUAGGUUGGCAGGAGCUCUAGAAGAGUUACAUCAUCUGCUAGAAACUGCCCCUCACACCAUGGUACAGCCCCCUGGGAAAGCCUUCCCCACCAAUGCUAGAAUAACAGGACCACAGGAGAGGGAUGACCCAUAUCCAUCACUGUAUAGGUACAUGCACGCAUGCCACUUCCUGGAGAGUGUGACAGUAGUGCUGUCGGCAGCUGCAGCCGCCGGACACUUUGGCGUCACUCAAGCCAUCAGAGAGCUCCUACGGUUCCUAUCUCUUGCCCAAUCAGGGCUGCUCUUCAUGCUUGCCCAGCCCACUCCCACCAACCUGCUGCUGCGUCUCCUGGCAACUGUGGCAGAGGCUGAAGGGGAGGAGACGGCAUCCACAAGCGGAGAGGGAGGUCUCACAGGGCCAGUGUUGGGUGAGGAGGGUUUGGGGGUGUGGCUUAUGCAGGCGCUGCACGCUCUCCAGGGUGUGUCGGAGCUAAUGAGCCACGUUGCGACUGGGGGAGACGGAGGGGCUGGGCUGGAGGAGGGAGACAACGCAGACGUACUAGGCAUGCUCCAUGCCCUCUACCUGAUCACCUUCACCCAAACUGGCCGAAGCGCGGUGGCCCAUGUCUUCAGCCUGGACCACAAUCUGUCCUGUCUGGUCACGCUGCUUCAGCACCACAGCAAGGAUGGACAGGGGGAGGCCAAGGCUCGCAAGGCAGUGACAUAUAACUACGCCUGUAUGCUGGUGUUACUGGUGGUGCAGAGCUCGAAUGACCUGCAUAUGAUGGAACAGUACGCUGCUCCACUGCUCACCGUAGCCAAAGCGGAUGACACCAAUACCAAAUUACAGGAACUCAGUAAAUGGUUGGAACCGUUGGAGAAAUUACGCUUUGAGAUUGGCAGCAUUCCCGCCCUCAUAGACUACAUCAAACAGAAUGUGGAGAACGUGUUGACUGCCGAGGGAGCUGGGUUGGUGACUGCUCUCAGAGUCCUCUGCCACAUCGCCUGCGCUCCGGUUGCAGUUGAAGGUCAGCAAAAGGAUCUGAAGUGGAGUUUGGCUGGGGUCCAGCUGUUUUCUGGUGAGGGUCUGGACACGUGUGUGCGUGUGCUUCAGAAGCUGUGCAGCGUGCUCCUGCAGCCGUGGCGUGUGCAUGGCCACAUGGGCCCCACGCCGCAGCGCUGCAUGAUUCUGAGCAUAUGUAUCAACACCCUCCGGCUGCUUCGCACCAUGCUGACAGAGCUGCUGCGUGGGGGAGCCUUCCAGUUCAGGGACACGCGCGUGGCUAGCGUGUUGGUCACACUCCACAUGAUCGUUUGUUCUGUCCCCGCAUCUGGCCGCCUUGACGGGGAGGAGACCAGAGUGCAGGCGUUUAUUGUUGAUGUGCUACUCACCUUCACACAGGGCGUCAAUGAAAAGGUGACCCACACAGAGGAGACUCUUGCGAGUAACACAUGGUCCCUGAUGCUGAAAGAGGUUUUGGGCUCACUGUUGAAGGCUCCUGAAGGUCUGUUUUCUGGCCUCACCCUGCUGUCCGAACUCCUGCCACUGCCACUCCCCAUGCAGAGCACACAGGUGAUCUCGGUACAGGAUGUGGCGGUAGCCCUGAACACCAGGAAGCUGUGGAGCAUGCACUUGCGGGCGCAGUGGAAAAUGUUCGCAGAGGCGCUGAGGUGCGUGUGCGGCACCAGCUGCCCUCCGCUGCUGGCCAUGUUGAGGAGGGUAUGCGUCCAGCUGGCCGACCUGUCCUCGCUUACUGCGAUGCUCAUCAUGAAGACCCUGCUGGAGCUGCUGCUGGAGGAGCUACAGCCAGUGGAAGGAAAGGGUGUGUGCUGGGGACAGGUCUUGCGAUUGCUUUCUCUGUUGGACGCGCUGGUCUCCCAGAGGGCAUGCAAGAGCGCAGCGUUACACCUGCUCUCAGGCUCCUCCCCUGGAGAUGAACCGCUAGCAGACCUCUUUCCCCUGCUGCUGUCUCUUCUGGCUCCCCCAGCCGACCAUUCCUUACAGCAGCAGCACUGCAGCGAUCUGGUGGGGACAAUCCUGCAGUCACUGUGUGACCAAGACAUCUCUCUCGUGGUGUCUCCGCCCGGUGAGAGCUGUGUGUCAGAGGCUGAACAGCUGGCCAAUGCGCUUCCAGGGCGAGAGAUGAUGUCGCUGGUGUGCAAUGCCUUGUUGGAGGUGUUGGGGAAUGCUGAGAGCAGUGCCACACUCCUCCUUACCUGCAUCCGAACGUUGAUGUUCCUCACAGAGCACGACUACGGAAUUUAUCACGUAAAAGGGGCUCUGAAGAAACACAGCGCCGGGCUGUGUUCUCUUUUGAAGAGGCAAGUGUUCCCCUUUAACAAGGACUCUGCAGAGCUGCUCUCCACCUUACUCGACUUCCUCAGGCAAAUCCUCCACACAGACUCCCUGGGGUGCUGUGCUGAGGAGGGCCAGGGGCCAGGUGAGGAACCAGCCUUUCCCCCGCCCCCUCCACGUUCGCUGUCUCUGACUGGCUCAGAGAUGAAAGCUCUGCUGCAGUGGGAGGAGUCAGAAUCACAUCCACUCCCUGCUCUGGAGAAACAGAUCACGAAACUAUGCAAGGAGGAUGAAUCACUGGAGACGAUGUUGGAGAAUGUAAUUGUUCUGAGGCAGACGUUGGAGUCUGCCACCGACACACCUUCAGCGGCUGAUACUGAGCCCACCUUGCCAGCACCCGAGACACUUUUGGCCCAGUUUAAUCACAGGACUGUGUUCAUUCUGUCGGAGGCUCUGGAUGAACAACUGAAGGCUUUGUGGUUCUCUCCCUUCCAUACGGAUGACAUGGAGACAGAGCUCGACAUGGUGAAGGUGGACCUGGUGGGUCUGGCACAGGAGUGUUGCCCUGAACUGGACCUGAAAGCAGAGCUGGAGCGCUCCUUCCUGUCUGAGCCCUCCUCCCCUGGACAUACCAAGGCUCCCAAGGGCUUCAGACUGGGCAAACAUAAGCACGAGACGUUCAUUACUUCAAGCGGUAAGUCAGACUACGUGGAGCCAGCUAAGAGAGCCCACAUCAUGGCGGCCCCACGCGGCCGGGGAGGCCGAGGAGGUUUUGGACAAGGCCUCUGCCGACCCCAUGAUAUCUUCCGCCAGCGCAAACAGAACACCUCCCGUCCCCCCAGUAUGCACGUGGAUGACUUUGUGGCAGCUGAGUUUAAAGACAUUGUGACCCCACUGGGACUCUUGCCCCCUAAACGGCCGCCCAAGAGCACCCCCAAACCCCCUACCAGAGGACUGUUUACUGGGAACAGGGGCAGAGCCACCUUCCACGGUCAGACCCGCUUCUUCACUCCGCCACAACCUAAAGGAGUAUUGUUGUCUGGUAACUAUGCUCGAAGAGAGGGAGGGCGUGGCUCAUCCUGGAGUGCCCAGGUGCCAGCUGUCACUCACAGAGGAACCUACAGUGAACCCCGUGGAGGACAAAGCAACUUCACACGUGGCCCCCUGCCCUCCCGACAGCCCCCCGCAGGGGCAUACCGCCUGGCUCCCAGGGACCGUGCUCCGCGAGGCAGAGGAGGUACCGGCCUGUCAUGGCUCAGCGGAGGGGGCGGCGGUGGCAGUGGAGGCGGUGCCAGCGGAGGAGGAGGGAGAGGCUCACAGGGGAGCAAAUUCAGCGGCGGGGGAGGGAGCGGAGGCGGAAGGGGUAGGCAUGUUCGCUCCUUCACCAGGUAAACUCACCUGGACAAUGACUGCAGCCUGUCAUGGCAACCAAUGGACCAAUCAGGAUGUUGAAUAUACCGUCUCCAUGGAUACGUGUCCGAGGUGGGAUUACGAUGACUGUGUGACACAGACGAAUGAACUUUGUAGAUGUUUUAUGUUUUGUUAUCAAGCAUUGUACUUCGAGAAUAAAGGUCAUCAUGAU